UCCUGUGACAUAUCACACUUUCAAAACUUUAUAUUGUUUGCAAUCCAAGAUGGAGUGGAAAGACGAGCUGUUCGAAAUGCUUGCCUCAUUUGAACGGCAAGCGAUAUACUCAUUGAGUAACAUCAGAAUGGUGUUCAAGCGUGAUGGCCUACUAUUUAAUACAAAAUUCAAGCAGCAUUUUUUGCAGGCAUCAACUGUUCGACUGGAACAGACCUACAACCAAUUUGUAAACAAUAUGCAAACCAUAGAAGAAAUGUUCCACAGCAAUGAUGCUACUGCGUUCGAAGCAAAUAAAGUCAUUCCGACCAGAAUUCAAUUGCAAAACAAUCCACCAAUUGAUUUGAUCGACAUGAACGACUCAAGCGAUGAAGAAAAUACAGUACCAAGAGCUAUGGCAACCACUUCACUGGGACCGAUCCUUGAGAUUGACAUCCAAAAUAACUCGAAGUGGUGCACAGAUGACCAAAGCAGUGAUGUCACCUUAAUCGACGAAGGUGUAGGGGUAAGAAUGGAAGAAACGGAAACAGAACACGAUAUUUCAAUGAACGUGUCUGAACAGUAUCAAAGGGUAAAUGCACCUAACGAAAAUGAUUUUGGCAUAAUGACAACCGAAAACGAGCAUAUCAAUGCAAGGAACGGACUCAGUGGGGAAAUGAGUUCGAACAAUUUCACGGAUACAACAAAACAGUCAGUUCCAUCAAACCAAAUGAUGAAAAGAUUCAAGUGCCAACUUU